AUGACAGUACAAGAAAAUAGUCUAGUGACAUGCUACUGCCACUAUCACCACCACCUCUGUGGCUGGAACUUCCAUCAAGAUCCACCAGUGCCCAUACUGUGCCUACACAACCUCCAUCAUCUCCAACCUGAAGAAGCAUGCACGCAUCCAUACUGGAGAGAAACCUUUUGCCUGUCCCCACUGCCCUUUUCGCGCAACUCAAAUGGAAAACCUCAGGAAACAUGUCCGCACCCACACUGGCGAGAAACCCUACACUUGCCAGCAGUGCAUGUACCGCACCACAAAGAAGAGCUGUUUAAUGAGACAUAUCAUGACUGUGCACAACGUUUGAAGAUGUUAGCAAGAUGUGAGGACCUAGGAUCCAGUGAGGGCAUCAGUAGGAAGCAUCUGUGGAGUAAUGUCAGUAACAGCAAUAGUUAUCCAUCAGGCACCAAGAUCCACCAAUGCCUCUACUGUUCCUACACCAGUACCUUGAAGUGCAAUUUGCUUCGUCAUGAGAGGACUCACACAGGAGAGAAACCCUUCCCAUGUCCACACUGUAAUUUUCGUUGUUCACAGAACUCAGAUCUGAAGAAGCACAUUCGCAUUCAUACAGGAGAGAAGCCCUUUGCAUGUUCACUCUGUCCGUAUAGGUCAUCCCGCAAAGAGAGUCUGAGGAGUCACAUGCGAACACACACUACAACUGUGCGCAAUUGAUAAUAGAACUCUGAUAUCAGGUUUUGUAAUAUAGGAUAACAGGCAUUAUCAGUUUUCCAAUUUGUCUGUCCUUUUUUUACUCAAAAAAUUUAUUUUCUAUUGCAUAAAACCACUGAAAUGUACAUAUAAUGGAUCCUGUAUAUUGGAGGUAUUUAUAUUUUAAGUUUGGUUACAUUAAUCGUAGACUUAAAUAUUGCCAAUGAAUGAAAAUUCAUAAAGAUACCAUGCAGUGAGAUGAAUACCAGUUCAGUAGUUUACAAAUCUAUAUUAAAGAUAGAAAUUGCACCAAACCAAAUUUUGAAGAAAAGUAUUACCAUCCAAUGAUAUUGUGGAAAAGCUGCCAUGAUAUGAAAUGCUUUCUGAUUCAAAAAAUUAUUUUAUUUUUGUAAUCUUUAUUUAUUUGCAGCAGCUUUACUUUAAUCAACUAAUUUAGUGAAAGUUGUCUUUCAUUAAUUUUAUUAGAAAGGAAAAAAAGCAGGUGAAUGUAACUGUAUUUAUAAAAAUAGUUUAAACAAGAAAGUUUAAAUGAGAUUCCUGUUAAAUAGUGACACCAGUUCAGAUGAGACAUGUCCAUGUUGCUUAAAUCACCAGUUAUGUUUUGUGUAACAAGCUCAAGUCACCCAACUUCUGUUUCAUAUAAUCCUGUCUUUCAAAAUAUCUUUUGUGCAGAAUUGUUUAGACAAAUAUAUAUUAUUCUACAACAUGUGGUUUUUAAUGAAAAGUAUGCCAAUAGUAAACAACUUCUCUAUAUUUUCUUCUAUUUUUGAGCAUAGAGUAAAAUAAUUAUUGAACCAGUAAUAUAGUUGUUAACACCUGAAAUAAACCAAUUCACUAGCAAAAAAAAGUCACUAAGAGUGGGAAUUAAGCUUACUCCCCAUUUUCUUCCCUCUCCCUUUCCUGUCCCCAUUUCCUUCCCUCUUCCUCUCUUGUCCCCCAUUUCCAUCUCUCUCCUCCUCCUAUCCCAAUUUCCUCCCUUUCCCUCUCCUGUCCUAA